AUGGCGGAGAGUGCGGAACUGAAGCAAAUGGUGAUGAGCCUGCGGGUGUCAGAGCUACAGGUGCUGCUGGGCUAUGCUGGACGCAACAAGCACGGACGCAAACACGAGCUGCUGACCAAGGCGCUGCAUCUACUGAAGGCCGACUGUAGCCCCGCUGUGCACAUGAAAAUCAAAGAGCUCUACCGACGACGCUUUCCUGCCAAAAUGGUUUCCCACUCAGAGCUGGCCCUGUCCGGACCACACCACCCUGCCUCAGCGGGAAUGGUGGGAGGCGGGGGUGCUGCCCUGCCCUCUGGCCUGACACAGCUGGCUUAUGAGGGUCACGCCGGUCACGGCGGAGCCCCAUCACCCGCUGCCCUGCUGCCUCUCUCGCUGCUCGGCCCUGGGAAACACGAGCUGAGUGGGCUCUCGCACCACCUAGCCACCUCAGCCAAACGGCAUCCGGUCCAUCCAGAUGUCAAGCUCCAGAGGCUCCCCUUCUAUGACAUGCUGGACGAACUCAUCAAGCCCACAAGUCUAGCUUCAGACAACAGUCAGCGGUAUCAGGAGACAUGUUUCGCCUUUGCAUUAACACCACAGCAAGUCCAGCAGAUCAGCAGCUCGAUGGAUAUCUCGGGGACCAAAUGCGAUUUCUCAGUUCAAGUUCAGCUGCGGUUUUGCCUGUCGGAGACGAGCUGUCCUCAGGAAGACCAUUUUCCACCCAGUCUGUGUGUGAAAGUCAACGGGAAGCCAUGUAACCUGCCGGGUUAUCUUCCUCCAACCAAAAACGGUGUAGAGCCCAAGCGGCCCAGCCGACCCAUCAACAUUACCUCAUUGGUCAGAUUGUCCACCACUGUCCCCAAUACCAUCGUGGUGUCUUGGACCGCUGAGAUCGGAAGGAGUUACUCCAUGGCAGUCUACUUGGUGAAGCAGCAGUCGUCCUCAGUGCUGUUACAGAGACUACGAGCGAAAGGCAUCAGAAACCCAGACCACUCCAGAGCACUCAUUAAGGAGAAGCUAACGGCCGACCCAGACAGUGAAAUAGCCACAACCAGCCUUCGAGUGUCGCUCCUCUGCCCGCUGGGGAAGAUGCGGCUGAUGAUCCCAUGCCGGGCACUGACAUGCUCCCACCUGCAGUGCUUUGACGCCACACUCUACAUUCAGAUGAACGAGAAGAAGCCCACCUGGGUUUGUCCUGUCUGUGACAAGAAGGCCCCGUAUGAACACCUCAUCAUCGAUGGGCUUUUCGUGGAGAUCCUCAACAGCUGCAUGGACUGUGAUGAGAUCCAGUUUAAAGAGGAUGGCAGCUGGGCCCCCAUGAGGUCGAAGAAGGAAGUGCAGGAGGUCUCCUCCGCUUCUUACAGCAACGGCAUGGAUGGUUCGUGCAGAACGUCUGCGGCCUCAGAUCAGCGGAGCUCCUCUGCGUCCGGCCACGGCGGCGCCGACAGCAGCAGCGGCAAGAAAGUGGAAGUGAUCGACUUGACACUGGACAGCUCCUCGGACGACGAGGGCCAAGACUCACCGCCGCCUCUUCCUCCCUCUCUGCCGCCUCCUCCGAUCAAAAGACCGUGUCCCUCCCUGUCCCCGGCGUCGCCGCCCAUCACCAACAACGGGUCAGACACGUACUUUGAUCUUGGGAUUUCGCCUCCACACUCAUUUUGGGGUUCAAGCGGAUCACAUGGGAGCGUUUUGAACCUGCACCACCAGGCGUCCCCCGUUAGCCGCACUCAGAGUAUGCCAGCGAUGGACACCAGCUACAUCCCGCCUGUACCGCCACUCAUCCAGGACUACAGACCUUACUACCACACCCCCAACGACCUGCCAGAGUUGGAAUUCUUCUCUUUUGUUCGAGGCGACAAUCAGCAUUACAACAUGGUGAUGGCGGCAGCAGCCGCAGCCUCCGCCUCGGACGACCACGACCUGCUUCUCAACCGCUUCCUCCCCUACAGCGCCACCUCCCACCUGUUCCUCGACCAGUCGGGGGCGUCGUCGGCCACGUCGCUCAGCGCGCCGACCAACGGCGCGAGCAGCUCGGGCGGCAGCAGCAGCAGCCUGGUGUCGUCGAGCAGCCUCCGCGACACUCACUCCACGCACUCUUCCCACUUGGGUUCGCACUCGUCACUCACGCACCCCGGAGUGGUGGCCAGCCGCAGCAGCACCGAGGCGGCAGUGGCGGCCAUUUACGGCGGCAUACCUGACGUCAUCUCGUUGGACUGACUAGAGAGGAGUCGGGACUUCGCUUUGGGUCCAGCAGCGAUCCAGUAACGGACAGUUUUUACUGCAGGGUGACGUUUUUAGAUCCAGAAACUAGACUGGUCCACUGGACGCUUGUGGAGUCGCCGCGACAAGACUUUCUCGCAAAGAGUUUUUACAAAAACAAAAACAAAACACGACACGAGGAGUGGCACCGUGUACAGAGAACAAAAUAUAUUUUCCUCUUUAACUUUUGUACGUUAAAUCAAGACAUAUUAAGGAGAGUGAGCUGCUUCUAUCGCUGUUUUAAAGUGGACGACUGAGGAUUGUUCUGUUUUCCGUUUUCAGAGAAGCGUAAACGUGGUUUCCUUUCUCCUUCUCUUCUAAACUCUGUCCUGUUUGAAUUCUCUCCGUUU